AGUUUCAGUUGCGGUCUCAGUUCUCGAGAAGACGUCGGUUGGAUCGGAUCUGAACGGAUUGGAUCGGCCAGGAACGGAGCGGAUAGGAAGCGGAUCGGUUCGGAUCGGUUGUUUACGUUGCCAUCGCGCAGUGGAGUUUGCAAGGCGACAUCCGACGUGGUUUAUGCUUCUGUGCGUCUGGUUCUCCAAUGUAAAAAUAAAAUUGCUCCAAUAUGUGUGCGCGAAACUGCUUUUGAAACAUUUUCGAAAGAAAACAACCCCAAAACGAAACGACUCAGAGGUGCCAACCAGUGCAUUUGUCAGGGUCUUUGGCUACACGGAUUCGGUACGGUGGUAUUACCGAUCGGUUUUCGAACGACAACGGGACCAUAAGCAAUUGAGCAUGAAAGUGGUGUGCUUGAUUUUCGAAUUCCUGACAGUGGUACAACUACUGCUGGUCGAAACUCAGACUGGUCAUGUCCAGGAGGCGAAGAGAGAGAUAAGGGACGCGAUGGGUCACCAUCGGCACCAUCAUCAUCAUCACCAUCCGCAUCAGUAUCACGGUUCGCAUUGGGUGGACGGGCGGCGGGUGCACCGCUUGCGAGUGCCACAGCACGAACGAUGGAGUGGGCGGCGGAGAUCGCUCAAUCACCACCAGCCCUUCAGCCGGUGGUCACAGUGGUCUCCAUGCGACGAGGAGUGCGUCAAGCGGCGGGAACGGUUCUGCAAGGUGAAGCGCAAGUGCGGCCACACCAAGCACGUGGAGCAGAGCAAGUGCCGGCAUUGUCAUCCUGCGCCACCUAUAAAGUGGCAACAGACGGUUAUUUUGGACGAUAGCCACAUCCGCGAGAGAAACCAGCCACAGCCGCAACCACCACCACCACCACAGCCUCAAUUACCACCGCCACCACCCCCAUCGAUAAUCAUAAAUGCAGCAGCUGCGGCGUCAAGUGGUCCCACCGUGGAUUAUAGAUAUACUCAGUACAAACCGCCACCGAUUUCGGUACAAACUUAUCCACCAACACACCCCCCAAUUUAUGCACCUACUUAUCCUCCCACUCAUCCUCCCGCUCAUCCACCAACUCAACCACCAACUCCUCCUCCAACUCCUCCUCCAACUACUCCACCAACUCCUCAUCCCACGUCCUAUCCGAAAUUCGUGGAUGAUAUUCGUCAUACGCCUCGUUAUCCCGGCAAGGAUAUGUACGUCGAGGAGGAAGUGGAGGAUGAAGCUGAAGAAGAUUCCAUUAGCUCCGACGAGCAGGGUGACUUCUUUGUGCUCAAACAUCAUCGUCACAGAAGACGACAGAACCAUAGAAAGCCAUCCCACAGAAAACCCUCAAGGGAGGACUAUGAUGACGAUGACUUUGUGGACUUCAGCGAAAGAAGGCCACUGAAACCCAGAAAUUUGGGCGAGGACACCAGUGUGGAGGGUGAUGUUUUCCAGUACGAGGAUUUCGAUCUAGAGCCUGAGACCAUCUACGCGGAUUCAGAGGAAUCAGACACCGAAUUCCGCAAUAUCAGCUGGGUGCAGCCACCAAAGGAUGGAUUAGUUCUCAGACGACGGAGGGUGUAUUCCAAAUGGAGUCGAUGGACCAAAUGUUCGCCAAAGUGCACAACCAGGAGAUAUAAAAAAUGCCGGAUCAGCGAUCAAUGUGGAAGGGAGGUUCUGCGGGAGAUCGCCUACUGCUACACGGAAGGCAGCUUCUGCCAGCAGUGGCUGCAGACGCAGUUCCAGAAGACACCAGCCUUCGAGACCAGACCCGGAUCCGGAUCCCCGGCCAAUGCCAUGCGUAGGAUGCAGUCCGAGCAGCCGGAAGUGUCCAUGAAUGACCUGAACUACAUUAUGACGGGAAAGGGCUAUCGUGGAAAGGAAUACACCCCUCUGAAACUGAACUGCGGCAUAGUUCGAAGUGGUACUGGACGAAGGAGCAUGUCCAACAUGCUGAAGAUCAUCGGAGGACGGGCGGCGAGGAAGGGGGAGUGGCCAUGGCAGGUGGCCAUCCUGAAUCGCUUCAAGGAAGCCUUCUGCGGUGGUACUCUCAUUGCUCCAAGAUGGGUUCUCACCGCCGCCCAUUGUGUGCGAAAGGUGCUCUAUGUUCGCAUAGGAGAACACAACCUUAACUAUGAGGAUGGCACGGAGGUGCAGCUCAGGGUGAUGAAGAGCUUUACACAUCCCAACUUCGAUAAGCGUACGGUGGAUAGCGAUGUGGCACUGCUCAGAUUACCCAAGGCUGUUAAUGCCACCACUUGGAUUGGAUACUCCUGCCUGCCGCAGCCUUUCCAGGCGCUGCCCAAGAACAUGGAUUGCACGAUAAUUGGAUGGGGAAAGCGGCGCAACCGGGACGCCACUGGAACCAGUGUGCUCCACAAGGCCACCGUGCCCAUUAUACCGAUGCACAAUUGCCGCAAGGUUUACUACGACUACACCAUCACAAAGAACAUGUUUUGUGCCGGGCAUCAGAAGGGUCACAUCGACACCUGUGCCGGAGAUUCGGGAGGUCCACUUCUGUGUCGCGACACCACGAAACCCAACCAUCCGUGGACCAUCUUCGGGAUCACCUCGUUCGGUGAUGGAUGUGCCCAGCGGAAUAAAUUUGGCAUCUACGCCAAGGUGCCUAAUUACGUGGACUGGGUGUGGUCGGUGGUCAACUGCAAUGGCAACUGCCAGAUGUAGUUGCAUGUCGGUGGGUACUUAGUAGUGGCGGAUUUGAGUCCGUCAAGUUGCAGAGGCUGUGAAAAUCUAAUUUACACUUUAAGUGUCCGAUCCGUAAGAGAAAUCUUCGCUUGAUCACCAUGUCACAAUUCAAAUGUGCUCAUUUUACGAUCCUAAAGCUAAAUAACUAGAAGUUAAAAUGGAACAAAGUCGAUUGUAAAUGUAGACAACCAAAUAUUUAUGUAAUUAAAUCUUUAAAAAAAGCACCUACUAAUUAAAAUUCUAACUCACGCUGAGGUGGCUUUUUUGGUUUAAGCCUGUUCUAAUGUACAUAACUUAAUUUUACAUGUUAUAUGUUAAAAAAUUAUAUUAAUCAUCAAUUCUUUUAUAAGUUAAAUAAAUUUAAUAUUUUCUUAAGAACAGACAGAAAUCUGAAAUGGCCUGUAAAAAAAGAAUACAACCUUAUCGUAACAUAACUUUUUGUAUAAAGCUGAAUGAAAAAAUUAAGGCCAUAAGAACUGUAAAUAAUGAAAGUUUCAACUCAACAGGUUGAUUCGCAAAAUUCGUCAAUUGAAAUAGCUAGCAUCUGCAAAUUAAAACCUAAAAUACUCAGAUCGAAGCAUAAAAUGAAUAAAAAAGUAUCGAACUAGGCCCAAAAUUAAUAUAUAAAAUUGGAGUAACAUUACUUAGCAAAGGACUCUUUCCUGAUAGGCGUACCAAAGAUUCACAGAUAUGUACAUUACUUAUUAGUUUAUUAUAUUGGUGUUAAAUGCUGCACAGUUUUGCUUCCACAAUAAAACUAUUUAACGUGAUCCCUA